AAGUAAAGAGAGCAGCGGCGGUCAGUGAGGAAAAAAAAAAUAGCGAGCGAAAAUGGAAAAAGCCUGAACCCAAAUUGUAAAUGGUAAAUAAAAGCUAAAAACACGUCAAACAGCAAUCAGCAAAUAGGAAGUAAGAUCACUACAAUCAUGUCAUUGGAUCAUGAAGAGGACAUGUUGGAUCGAUUGUCACGAUCGAAAUCUUCACUAGAUCAGAACAAACCGUCCAAGGAAGAACAAGCCUUACGAGAUUUACAAUUAGAAAAGGAACAAUUAAUUAUUCAACAAAAUAAACAAUAUUUAGAAGAUUUAUUUAAAGAUAAUGCCACUCAACCUAUCAAGAUUAAGAAUGUUCAAAUCACUAAUAGUCAGGAUUUCCGAGAUAGUUUCUUACAAGCUCAAUUCAAAUCAUUAUUAACUACAAAUAAACCCAUCACUCUAACCCAAAUGUUAGAUUCAGUAGAGAGUGUAUCAACAUCAUUCAUAAAACUUAAUUUGGUGGAGAAUUUAUUAGUGACGAUAAAUCCUAUUCAACCAUCACUUUUCAGUCGAGAUAAUGGAUCAUCUAUAAACCUCGUACCUAUUUUCAAUAUCAUACCGAUAAAGAAAUUCAGUGCCAAGACAGGAACCAAUAUUGGGAAUGGUGAAGGAGAUGGAUAUAUCCAAUUUCAAUUACGGAAUUUAUUAGGAGGAGGAGAGAAUCUUACAUUUGAUGCUACGACAGGUACUAAGACCAAAUCAUCAUAUUUAUUAAAUUAUAAUACACCAAUUUUAAAUAAUGCCGAUUAUAUUAAUGAGAAUUUAUUUUAUAUAAAUACGAGAAAAUUAGAUCAUUUACAAAGUGAAGUUACAACUCAAGGGUUUAGUAAUAAGAUCUAUACUCAAUAUGAUCAUUCGAAAUUGAAUCAUGAAUUCAUCGUGGAAAAUUUUUGGAAAAUCUUACAGAAUAAAGGAUCAAAAUCAUUAACGAUCUUAAAUCAAUCCGGAUCACAAUUAAAAUCAUCCAUUAUAUAUAAUUUAAUCUAUGAUUCGAGAAAUAAUGUCCAUUUACCUAACAUGGGUCGAUACUUUCGAUUUGGAAUGGAAUAUAGUGGUUUAUUCAAAUUUAACAAAUACCCGUUUAUAAAAUCAAUUGUUGAAUCUCAAUUCACAUAUAAACUCCCUGCAUUAUCAUCAUCAUUAAUCGUUACCAAUAAAGCAGGGAUAAUAUAUCCAUUGGGCGAUAAAAGUCAAACAUCGGUAUUGGAUCGAUUUUAUAUCGGUGGUCCUAAUGAUGUACGUUCAUUCACGUUGAAUGGAUUAGGACCUAAGGAUUAUAAUCUGUCCCUUGGGGGAGAUAUAUUCUUAAAUGGAGGUGUAUCAUUAAUAUCGAACAUCCCAGGAGUAUCUUCUGAUCUGAAUUUUAAAUUGCAUAAUUUCAUAAAUUAUGGGAAAUUAGUAUCAAUGAAUAAAAAUGAUUUAACUACUAGUUUUAAAAAAUUAACUAAUCAAUAUUCGAUCAGUAUUGGAUUUGGGAUUUUAUAUAAUCAUCCUAUGGCGAGAUUUGAAUUGAAUUUCGUCUUACCUGUUACUGCUAACAGAACUGAUUCUAUAAGAAAGGGAAUUCAAUAUGGUAUAGGAGUUACAUUCUUGUAAAUAGUGUAAUAAUAAUAAUAGAAAUUUUUAAUA